UAUUCCCCAUGUAUUAAUCAUCGCCAGUGCAAGUGAAUUCCUGAUUAUCUAAACGUGUUACCGCCUACCUGAACGAGGAGACCGCUCAUACAGUCCACUGCGAACCCGCCAUACCCGAACGAGACGCCUUUUAAGGUAAUAAUUUUAUUUCUGAACUACUACGUAACAUGUUUAGACGCCAACCUCAUUGGCUCUAACAUGAAAUCUGAUCCUCCGCGGCCACAUACGAAACCUGGUCCUAGAAAAAGCGACCUACGAACAGUUAAACGCUCAUUUCGAUUUUUUCUGAGAUUUUCUUUGUGAGCUUUCUUGGAAAAUCGUGUAUUCUCGAUUCGGACGCUUUCGACCACCAUCUUGUAUCGAAAUUUGAAAACAUCGAUUAGUGAUUUAUGAUAUCGACUAUCGAGCUGUUAACAGUCGAACUUUUACACCCGGUUCGACAUAACCUAAAAAGUUUUGUUUUGGUUUUGAACUUCAGUGCCUAACAGUAAGCUACAAACUUUUACCGCUAACUGCGUGUUUUCUUACCGCUAAACGUAGUGAAUUACCGCCUAUCUUUUGUUAAUAGUGAAUAUUGAUCUGCAAACUAUUGUUUUUGAACAGUGAUCUUGAACUAUUUCUUAUUAAAUAUGAACUUUUUCGGCCAUCAACUUAAACUGUUCUGACCGCUAAUCUGAACUUUUUCGGUUGUAAAUUUCAAUCUGGUAACCUAUUUUUCUAUUUCUGUAUGAUUAUUCAUAACAACCAUGGCGUCGAAUUUUCUAUUAUUGAAUAAGCUAAGAAGGUUGCACCAAUCGAUAUCUUCUCUAGCUGAUAAGUACAAUGAACAAGUACCUAUGACUUGUAGUGAAUUUUAUUUUGGUCUGGAUAAAAAAUUUGACAAAUUAAUGAGUGAAUAUGAGGAAACUGAUAAAGAGUCGCUAUCUGAGGAAGUUAUCUUGGAGUUUGCUGAACUGCAAAUCCAUUUCCAAACCAGAUUUGACAGUAUCAAGCUGGUUGAUACCAUUCCUAAAACUGCUGUUACCGCUAAUGAACUGCCAAUUAAUAAUUUUGUGAAACCUCAGUUGCAGAUACCUACAUUUUCAGGCAAACCUCAUGAAUGGAAUAUUUUCAAAAAUGUUUUUGAUGCUGCUGUUCACACCAGUAAAGACUAUUCCAGUGAGGCCAAAUACCAUCUUCUGACUUCAUAUUUAAGUGGUGACGCUUUGACCUUGGUUCAAAAUUACGCCAACACCGCUGAAUGCUACAAAGCUGCCUACGACAGCUUGCACAAACGAUACAACAAUAUCCGGUAUCAAGCAUAUAGUCUAUAUAAUAAAUUUGAUACCUUUGUUCCUUCUACUACUCUGGCUGAAACUUUGAAAAAAUUUUCUAUCGAGCUCAACUCAGCCAAACGAUCGCUAUUUAACAUGAACCUGAACCAAGCUGAUUUUUUGAUUACCAUGAUGUGCAUUCGCAAAUUACCGCUUUCUGUCCGCACCAAAUUUGAAGAAUCCAUACCAGAUGAUCAAGUUCCCACCUUUGACCGUUUAUUGAGUUUUGUGGCUAGUCAAGAAAAAUCGCUGGAAGUGACCGCACUAACCCGCAAAUAUGAACAAGUAAUUAGCGCCAGCAUUGGAUAUGUAGAUCCUGUUUCUGUUAAAGCUGAACCGAGCACAAGUAAUUAUCAACAGAGAAAGCAGCCCUUUUCUUCAACUAAAACUGGGUAUCCAAUCAGUGGUGGCAUUUGUAUUCUUUGUUCAGAAGGACAUCAAUUGUAUAGAUGUGACAUUUUCAAAAGAGAAUCCGUAUCCAAACGCAAUCAAAUUGUAAAGCAACACAAAAGGUGCUUUGUUUGCCUAGGGUCUCACCUGAAAGCAAAUUGCAACUCAACGAUUUGCUGCAAGAACUGCCGCUCUAAUCACCAUCAUACGCUUCUGUGCAAUAACGCUAAUAAUCUUCAAUCAUUACUUUUUAAAGAACAACGCUCUGAACACCGGUUUGCUGAGCCACACCAAGCACCAAAUCAAUAUGGCCGCCCGCAUACCGGUACUAGCCAAAACGCCGCGCACCAUGCGCCUCCUCCUGGUUUCAGCCCGCUACCUGUGCCGACUUUUGCCGCUGCCCCACCGCAACCGCCAGUAAGCUCUUAUCAUGCACCUUCUAGCAGCGCACCAAACCUGGCUAUCAGCUCUAAUCUGCCUCCUAGUUCGCCGCCAGUCAACAGUUAUGCAUCUCCGCCUGUAAGUUCAAGCCCUGCCUCCAGUGCACAAUAUGCAACAAACAAUUCUCUAUCUUCUAUACCACACACUUUUAGUGGCUGCACUCAGGUGAAGGCCGUACAUGCUUCUGCUUUACUUGGUACCGCUGUCGUUACAGUCUUGAACCAAUACAAUCAACCCUUCUUGUUGCGUGCUGUGUUGGACUCUGGUUCCAUGCGCUCCAUUAUCACCACCCGAGCCGCCACCGCAAUGGGUUUAGUUGUUGUGCCCGCUCAAAUCCAACUGAAUGGAAUCUCUGAAAAAAGGACAUCUGUCAAAGGCAUUGUGCAGUUAAGAAUAUUGUCAGAACCUCAAUUUGAUAUUGCUCUUUCUACCGAAGCUCUUGUAUUAGAUCAAAUUGCUGGCAAUCUACCUGUCUUUCCGCUUCACCCUGCACUAAAGAAUUCGUUUGCGCAUCUGAACCUUGCUGAUCCUAAUUUUGAUAAGCCUGCUGAAAUCGACCUACUGAUUGGUGCCGAUUUAUACUCCAACAUCUUUAUAUCCGCAGAAAAUUCCAUUAUUCCUGGUAACCCUGCCGCCUUUGCCACAAUCUUUGGUUAUGUUUUAAGUGGUAGAUUGAAUAUUGAGGACUCGCCCGCACCGCUCAACGAAAUGCAGCUCAUUUGCACUAUGUUUGCACAGGAAGCACAGCUCAACACCAUCAUGAACAAAUUUUGGGAAACCGAAGAGGCCAUCCCCGUCCGAAAAGAGUCAUCGCCCGAAGACGAGUUGUGUGAGAAACUGUACCAAUCCACUACUUAUCGCACCUCUGAAGGAAGGUAUGUUGUGGCACUGCCUUUCAAACCUGGCGCUCCCACUCUGUGCAAUAACCGCAGCAAGGCAUACCGCAAUCAGUUAGGAUUACUGAAAAAACUGAGUCAAUCUGAUGAACUUGAAACCAAAUACUCUGACUUCAUGCAUGAGUAUCGUGACUUAGGUCACUUGAAAAUCGCUGACUCCGCUGUAGAUUACAUCAUACCACAUCACGCAAUAUUCAAGAAAAACGACAACACUCAAAAAAUUCGAGUUGUUUUCAACGCAUCUAGCAAAGACGCCAAUGGGCUCUCACUUAACGAUGUGUUGCUGCCUGGAGCUAAACUUCAAACAAACAUAGUCCAAGUGUUAACCCGCUUUCGUUCAUACCGCUUUGUCAUCCUUGCAGACUGCAAACAAAUGUACAGACAAAUCUUGCUGAGACCUGAAGACCGCCAGCAUCAACAUAUAUUUUGGAAACCCACCCACCAAGAAAAAAUUCAAGAAUUUGAACUGUUAACAGUGACUUAUGGAGUAUCUUCUAGCGCGUAUCUUGCUCAGCGUACUCUGCAACAAUUGGUGGAGGACGAAGGUGAAGCUUUCCCACUCGCCAGUCAAGUACUGAAGUCGCAAACAUAUGUCGACGACAUACUUGGCGGAAGCAAUGACCUGAACACCGCACAUUCACUUAUCAAAGAACUCAAUGAGUUAUUGUCACUCGCCUCCUUUGAAUUGAGGAAAUGGAAUUCCAACACACCUGAGUUGAUUGAGCAUAUGUCGCCCGAAUAUUUGAGCAAUCAGGAAUGCCUGUUUGAUGAUACUGCAACCGCCAAAGUCCUUGGUAUUGUGUAUAGUCCGCUUGCCGAUGAUUUCCGAUAUUUCAUCUCUUCCUUCUCUGAAAAAAGCACGAAAAGAACAAUACUCGCCUUCAUUGCACGAAUUUAUGACCCACUGGGAUGGCUAUCACCGCUUAUUCUCCUGUUUAAGUUAUUCAUGCGCACUCUGUGGUCUGAACGCCUUGGAUGGGAUGAUGAAAUUCCUACACCACUAUUAACUCAUUGGAAAUCCUUGGUUACCGCUAUCAACCAGUUACACCAGAUUCGCAUACCAAGACUGUUAGCUUGCUCCCAUUCCUCAAUUAGACUGUUGGGAUUUGCCGAUGCUUCCGAGAAAGGAUAUGCCGCCUGCUUGUACCUUCAUGAAGAAGUUGAAAACCGCUUUAUCGAUUGUCGUCUUAUUGCCGCCAAGAGUCAUGUUGCGCCCCUCAAAACCCUAACAAUUCCUCGAUUGGAAUUGAAAGGCUGUCUCUUGUUAGCACAACUUGUAUCUGUCAUUUUACCAACUCUAUCAGAAUACAACCUGCUGGAAAUUCGUCUCUACACUGAUUCCAAAACCGCCUUGGACUGGAUCAAUACACCUACUUACAAACUGCAGAUUUUUGUUGCUAAUCGUGUACAACAAAUCACUCAAUUAGUGAAACCCGAACUAUUCAAUCAUGUGUCCUCGCUUAAUAAUUGUGCUGACAUUGCUUCUCGUGGACUACUGCCGACCGAACUCGUUUCCUGCCAUACUUGGUGGCAUGCUUCUGCCGCAUUUCAAUGCCUCGCUGUUGAUUUUCCUGUGUCUAAUCACAUUGUCAGUGAAACAAUACCUGAGAUGAAGUCAAACCCGCUGUAUAUUCUUGCAACCACCCAAGAUGAACCGCCAGCGAAUCCGCUAUACGCCGCUUGUGAACGUGUAUCCAAAUUUGGAAAAUUAUGCCGAAGUUUUGUGUAUAUACUACGCUUUAUCAACAGAAUCAAGAUCGCCCGCCAUGACUACAGUAACAAAUUAAUUCAAAAAUUUUGUGACUGUGAACCGCAUCCUGCUACUAUUGAUGUUGUUGCCUCUGAAAUGGAGAUUGCUAGAAGGCUCAUUAUACAAGUCGUACAAAAGGUCAAAUUUCAGAAGGAAAUAAAUGAGUUAAACUCGGGAAAAUGCCCCAAACAUUUAUUGACUCUGCAGCCUUAUAUUGAUCAUGAGAAUUUGAUCCGCCUAUCUGGUCGUCUGGAGAAUGCGCCUAUUUCCAGUGAAGCUAAAAAUCCGUUAUUGUUACCAAAAAAUGAACAUGUUUCUACUCUCAUUAUUAGACAACAGCAUCUCAUGAGCUGUCAUGCUGGUCCCCGCACCACCCAAUCCGCAGUAUGCCAACAAUAUUGGAUAUUAUCAGCUCGUAAUCAGGUACGUCGUGUCAUACACCAAUGCAUCAUCUGCAACCGAUUUCGCCGCUCAAAUUUGCAACAACGCAUGGCCCCGCUACCAGCCGAACGGGUCACCAUCAACAAACCAUUCAAUGUGACUGGCUUGGACUUUGCUGGACCUUUUAUUUGCAAGACAUCUCUGCUAAAACGUGCGCAAACUACAAAAGGAUAUUUGUGCAUAUUUGUGUGUUUUGCCACAAAAGCCACUCAUCUCGAAUUUCUGUCUUCUAUGUCGGUCAACCACUUUAUCGCCGCACUACAACGAUUCAUUGCCCGACGAGGUACGCCUCACACGCUAUGCUCUGACAAUGCCAAAACUUUUGUAUCCGCCGCUAGAAAAAUGCAUGAAUUGGCCAAGCUUUUGGAAUCACUACCCUCUGAUGUCACUUGUUUUCUGUCCAACCAUGGCAUAAAUUGGAAAUUCAUCCCUCCUUACGCACCCCACCAUGGAGGCCUGUGGGAAGCUGCCGUCAAAUCCGCUAAAACGCUGUUGUAUCGCUGUAUUGGAGACAAGGCUCUCACAUAUGAAGAAUUUGACACAAUAUUCACCCGCAUAGAAAGCAUUUUGAACAGCCGACCGCUAACUGAACUGUCUUCACAGCCCGCGGAAGCCGCUUCUGUUCUAACACCUGGCCAUUUCCUAGUAGGUGGACCCCUGACCGCACCACCGCAACCAAUAGAGACCAAAGAAAUACUAUCAACUCGCCGUUGGAGACAUUGCAACCAAAUGAUGCAAUUCUUCUGGAGCCAAUGGUCAAAAGAAUAUCUAUGCACACUAAUGAACCGCACAAAAUGGAAGGUUACUGAAAGAAACUUACAGAUUGACGAUUUGGUUGUAGUCAAAUCAAUCAACACCUCGCCGCUAAGCUGGCCGCUAGGCAGAAUUGUAGCGCUGCACCCUGGCAAAGAUUGACUCGUCAGGAUAGCGACAAUCAAAUGCGCCUCUGGUAAUAUUGUGAGAGACCUAAGUAAAAUUCACCGCCUCAUUUAGAACAAUCUCUAACUAUGUUACUGUAAAUAGUUUGGUUUUACCCGCAUAACCUGUGACUGUCCGCAUCGCUUCGUUACCGCCGCCUACUACUAUCUACUUUCUACGCCUAUCUACUUUGCCGCUACAUCCUGAUGACCACACCGCUGUUUGCUGCUCUGCUCCACCUCUGUUGACGCUCAGCUCCACUUCUAUGAUCGCUCCGCAGUUUAUGUCUACGCGCAUUCCGCAACUUGUGCUGUGCCGCCCCGCUUGUCUUCACGUCACGCUCCCGUGUUCACACCACAUCGCUCUGGACUUCUCCGCUCACUGUAUUCAAGACCGCAGACCCACCGCCAUCUAGUUAUUGCCGACCGCCCUGCCGCAAUGUACUGUGUUUGUUGCUGCUUCACCCGAUUUAAAAACUGUUCGUUUUUGGGGGGGAGUAUGUAUGGGCCAAGCCAUAUCUUGCCAUAUUUGAAUCGACCGCGCUCACCCACGGCCAUCUAGCAUGCUUCUCCCAUAGUUUGCACUGUUCUCCCUGUUUUCCCCCGCACUUUUUGCUUACCAGCUACUUCCGCUUUGUAACCGUUCGAGGACGCUUGUGCUACGACGCCACACGAUUGUUUCUCCCUUUAUAGAAGUUAAUAAAUGUGUUACCGCAUCGCUUGUUUGUAUUUUAAACUACUACCGCGACUAGUUAGGAAAAGUUAUUGUUUAAGUACUCCGCUAAAUAUCUAGAUUAGAUCUUCUUUGUGUAAUCUCUUCGCCACGACAUGGGCCCAUGUAUUCCCCA